AUGCAAAGCCUGGCCCAACAUCCUCCCGAUUCAACCGUUCUCACUCGUCUGUCAUUAGCCAAGUUCUCCCAUACAACUACAUCGCUUACCCACAGAGGCCCGCUCAACUGGAGUCAUAUUAUGGGCAACGGAGAUAUGGCCGCUAUAUUUGAGAGGCGCACGAUGACAAGCUUCACCCCAGACAGAGUACUACUGAAGGUCCUCCGUGUCCUUGAAAGCUUGGAAGAGAUUGACCUCACUCACUUCAUUAUCGAAGCGGAAAGUAUAACCCAGUCGAGUCAACACGCAGUAUCCAAGCCAAUAUUCGCAGUGGUCGUGAAGCCCCCGUGCCUUGCAGUGAAAUAUCCACGGGGAAAUACGGUCCGCCGAUUUCAAAUCAAGUUCACCUUUGAUUCCGACUACUACACCGCUUUGUCUAUUCUUAGAGAAUUAGGGUGUCCAGUCUCAGAGCCGAGCGUCGGAAAUAUGCGCAAAUUGACCUCGUCACAAUGGAACUCGGGCUCAAUCGAAGUGACAUCUAUGAGCAGAGAACCUCCAUAUAGCUUGAGUAGUAUGCCAGGUCCAUCCGAGCCUGUAGGUGCUUCUAGUCUCCAACGCUCAUCGACCACCGGUGCAUCAGGUUCGUCAUCUAGCGUUACAACUUGUGGGUUUUCCGUAGCCAUUGGCACAGUACUAUCUAUCUGA